AUGGGUCUCAGUCUCUUCGACCGCAUCCAAGCCAAGAUCGAGCUGUUCCGUCUUGAGCAGCGCUACACCCGCCGCCGUCAUCGUCGCUCCACCUUUGUCUCCAACGCUACCUACGUCGAUGGCGAAUACGUCUACAACACGCCCAACACCACUGGUUCCUCGACCAAGUCGAGCGCGACCAACGCCACCCGAGAAAUGCCCUUCUCCCCCGACGUCGGCGUCAGCUCUCCCAAAGAAGAAACACCCGCCAGGAAGGUCUCCAACAGGUGGUCUACCGUGCCCGGAUUUGGCAGCAGCUCGACACCCUCGAAGCAGCCUAGCAUGGAGAGCGUAUCGCCCGAGCAGCCAAACUUUGAGAGUCGGUACCAGCAGAACUCGUGGGGAAGGAGCUCGAAGCGCGUCAACUUCAACGAGGCCGAUCGGUAG